CAAGUGCAACCGGGAGUUCCGGUUUUUUCCCCCGCGGAACCGGUCCAACGCGCGGCUUUGACCGGUGGAACCCGAUUAGGCCGACGCCGAUAAAGGAAACCAACCCCAGCGCCUUACCGGUUUGGCCGGUCAGACCCCCAACCCUCUCCCACUCCUAUAAAUUAUACCAAACCGAACCGCAUUCUCCCCCUUUUGGUUCCCGGAGGCGCGUCCCAGAAAAACAAACCCUCAGGCUCACAACCUGGAGGAGAGAGAACGCUUCGAAACCGGUUGAAUGGCAUCUGCCUCGGAAAUUAUACUCCCAAUUGGCACCCAAAAGCAUGAUCCGGCCUGGAAGCACUGCUUGAUGAUCCGGUCCGGUGGCCGGACGAAGCUGAAAUGCAUGUACUGCAUGAAACUGUUUCUCGGCGGUGGGAUCCACCGAAUCAAAGAACAUCUUGCCCGGCACAAGGG